UCGACGUUUUCACAUCCUUAGUUAUUAGAACCAAUAACAAAAAUUCUAGAGUGCAUUUGAUUUUAUUAGUUUGUAGUUAAGUUACAUAGCAAAAUGCUCGUCUAUUUUGGAUCGCUAAAUUAAGGAAGCUGCCGUUGCACGUUGUCACGCCCCCACCCAAAACAGCCACCUCCCCCGCCUCUGCCCACAACUAAGAGAGAGAGAGAGAGAGAGGGAUACAAAGCAACAACAACACAUAAAGAAAACUAAAGAUUUCCGCAAGGAACCACCAAUAAAAACAACAAAUUGCUUUGGUUACGAGUAACUGCAAAAACAACAAUAGAAUAAAUCCAAAUAAAAAUUGUGCUCUCUGCGUGUGUAAGGUGUGUGUUUGUGAGUGUGCGGUGCGUGCAUCACAAUAAUUGCACAAAAACCAAGACAAACGUGGGGCGGGGGUGUUUGUAAGCGUGAGUGCGAGCGAGCGCGACAUUUAGAAAGAGAGACGGAGGCAACACGACACGGCAACAACAAAGGCUGUGAUUUUUUUUUCCCCCCGCCCCGCCCCCUCUUCAGCACUUGCGUAUUUACCAAAUAAACGGGGCAUAAGCUAGAACAACAAAUUUAACAGUCUGUAAAAACAAAUAGAAAAGGUGAAAGAGGGAGAAGAAGAGUCGUUGGAAAACUGGCAACUUAAGAAAAAUCGUAAUGGAUGUCCUGGAAAUGCUGCGCGCCAGCGCCAACGGCGGCUACAAUACUCUCUUCUCGGAUGCGUGGUGCCAGUACGUUUCCCAGCAGAUCACAGCAACGAUGUACAUGUACUGCGCUUUGGGCGUGCUGGCCGUUCUGUUCCUCGCCUGGUUUAUGUACUUUAAGCGACUGGCGCGUUUGCGGCUUCGUGACGAGAUUGCCCGCUCCCUGAGUGCCGUAACCUCCUCGUCCGGCGGAGAUCUCCGGGGCCUGCGAUUCCGGAAGCGGGAUAAGAUGCUCUUCUACGGACGACGCAUGCUGCGCAAGAUGAAGAACGUGAGUGGCCAAAUGUACAGCAGUGGGAAGGGCUAUAAGCGCCGGGCUGUGAUGAGAUUCGCCAGGCGGAUACUCCAACUGAGGCGCGACAAUAUGCCGCUGGAGAUGCGCACCGUGGAACCGCCGGCGGAGUAUCUGGAGGAGACCAGCGAGGGCAGCGACAGAGUGCCGCCCGAUGCCCUCUACAUGCUCCAGAGCAUCCGCAUCUUUGGGCACUUCGAGAAACCCGUCUUCCUGCGUCUCUGCAAGCACACCCAAUUGCUGGAACUGAUGGCCGGCGACUAUCUCUUCAAGAUCACCGAUCCGGAUGACAGUGUCUAUAUCGUGCAGUCGGGCAUGAUCAAUGUGUACAUCUCCAAUGCCGACGGCAGUACUCUGUCCCUGAAGACGGUGCGCAAGGGCGAGUCGGUGACCUCGCUGCUCAGCUUCAUCGAUGUCCUGUCGGGGAAUCCCAGCUACUACAAGACGGUCACCGCCAAGGCCAUUGAGAAGUCGGUGGUUAUUCGGCUGCCCAUGCAGGCCUUCGAAGAGGUGUUCCAGGACAAUCCCGACGUGAUGAUUCGCGUCAUCCAGGUGAUCAUGAUCCGUCUGCAGCGUGUCCUUUUCACCGCACUUCGCAAUUAUCUCGGUCUGAAUGCCGAGUUGGUGCAGAAUCACAUGCGAUACAAGAGCGUCUCUACGAUGGGUGGGCCGAUCAACUCGCAGUCCUCGCAAUCCUCCCGCCAGGCGGCCAAUGGUCCCCCCUCGGUAGUCACCCAGCUCAAUCUGAUGCAGUCGGCCGCCUCGAUGCCGGGAUUGGGAUUGGGAUCGGUAUCUGGAUCGGGUGUCGCAGUGACCGUGACCCGACCGCCAGCUUCACCAUCGCGGCACUCGCGCGAGGAGCACACGCUCUCCGAUCCGAAUCCCAAUCCGGAUGGCAGUGUCCAGGGGGGAAGCAAUCUAUUCACCGAGGUGCAUGGCGACGCCCCGAAUGCGGAUCUAUUCCACCAGCAGCAGCACUCGGUGGGCAAUCUGUCCACACGCCGCGGUUCAAUCACCCAGCUGACGACCGAUGGGGCGCAGUCCAGUCCCCAUGUUCCGGGCGCAGCUCCCUCGAUUGACAUGCGCCUGGUGCAAUCUUCGGCGGUGGACAGCCUGCGAAAGGAACUGGGUCUGCCCGAGGAGGAUGCCCACAUCAUUGAACCCUUUGUGGAGGUGCGGGAGUUGGAGCCGAAUGUCACCCUCAUUACCGAGGGCAAUGCGGAUGAUGUUUGCGUGUGGUUCGUGAUGACCGGCACUUUGGCUGUCUACCAGAGCAACCAGGAUGCCACGCGGGCCAAGCCGGACAAGAGCGACAUGCUCAUCCACUUUGUCCAUCCCGGGGAGAUCGUUGGCGGUCUGGCCAUGCUGACGGGGGAGGCCAGUGCGUACACCAUUCGGUCGAGGAACAACAGCCGGAUAGCCCUUAUCCGACGGGCAGCCAUCUACCAGAUCAUGAGACAGCGACCCCGCAUAGUUUUGGAUCUGGGCAACGGAGUAGUGCGCCGCCUUUCUCCGCUGGUGAGGCAGUGCGACUACGCCUUGGACUGGAUCUUUCUGGAGUCAGGUAGAGCUGUUUAUCGCCAGGACGAGAGCAGCGACAGCACAUACAUCGUGCUGAGCGGACGGAUGCGAUCGGUUAUCACGCAUCCUGGUGGCAAGAAGGAGAUCGUCGGCGAGUACGGCAAGGGGGAUCUCGUGGGCAUCGUCGAAAUGAUCACGGAGACGUCGCGCACCACGACGGUGAUGGCUGUGCGCGACUCGGAGCUGGCCAAGCUGCCCGAGGGCCUGUUCAAUGCCAUCAAGCUGCGCUACCCCAUCGUGGUGACCAAGCUGAUCAGCUUCCUCAGCCACCGCUUCCUCGGCUCGAUGCAGACGCGCUCGGGCAGCGGGGCGCCGGGCGCGCCCGUCGAGGCCAAUCCCGUCACGCACAAGUACUCCACGGUGGCCCUGGUGCCCAUCACCGACGAGGUGCCGCUGACGCCCUUCACCUACGAGCUCUACCACUCGCUCUGUGCCAUAGGACCCGUCCUCCGUUUGACCUCCGAUGUGGUGCGCAAGCAGCUGGGUCCGAACAUCUUCGAGGCGGCCAACGAGUACCGGCUGACCUCGUGGCUGGCGCAGCAGGAGGACCGCAACAUUAUCACGCUCUACCAGUGCGACAGUUCGCUGAGCGCCUGGACACAGCGCUGCAUGCGGCAGGCGGACGUCAUCCUGAUCGUGGGCCUCGGCGAUCGCUGCCACCUGGUCGGGAAGUUCGAGCGCGAGAUCGAUCGGCUGGCGAUGCGAACGCAGAAGGAGCUGGUCCUGCUCUAUCCGGAGACCACCAAUGCCAAGCCGGCCAACACGCUCAGCUAUCUAAAUGCCCGGCCCUGGGUGACCAAGCACCACCAUGUGCUGUGCGUAAAGCGCAUCUUUACGCGCAAAAGUCAAUACCGCAUUAAUGAUCUCUACAGUCGCGUCUUGCUGUCCGAGCCGAACAUGCAUUCCGACUUCUCGCGUUUGGCCCGCUGGCUUACGGGCAACUCGAUUGGCCUUGUGCUGGGCGGCGGAGGGGCGCGCGGAGCCGCCCACAUCGGUAUGCUGAAGGCCAUCCAGGAGGCGGGUAUACCCAUCGACAUGGUGGGCGGCGUGAGCAUCGGCGCCCUGAUGGGAGCGCUCUGGUGCUCGGAACGUAAUAUCACCUCGGUUACGCAAAAGGCGCGCGAGUGGUCAAAGAAAAUGACAAAAUGGUUCCUACAACUGCUGGACCUCACCUAUCCGAUUACAUCGAUGUUUUCCGGACGGGAGUUCAACAAGACGAUCCAUGAUACUUUCGGGGACGUGAGCAUAGAGGAUCUGUGGAUACCCUACUUCACCCUCACCACAGAUAUUACCGCCAGUUGCCAUCGCAUUCACACAAAUGGAUCUCUGUGGCGUUACGUACGCUCCUCCAUGUCGCUCAGUGGUUACAUGCCGCCGUUGUGCGACCCCAAAGAUGGGCACCUCUUGCUGGAUGGCGGCUAUGUGAAUAAUCUGCCAGGUCACCUGUGGCGUUACUGCCGCGCCAGCAUGUCGAUUGCGGGAGUCUUCCCACCAUUUUGUGAUUAUCGCGACGGCCACCUGCUGCUCGAUGGCUGCUACACGAACAACGUUCCAGCCGAUGUGAUGCACAAUCUGGGAGCUGCUCACAUAAUCGCCAUCGAUGUCGGAUCCCAGGAUGACACCGACCUAACCAACUACGGCGACGACCUCAGCGGGUGGUGGCUGCUCUACAAGAAGUGGAAUCCCUUCACAUCGCCCGUGAAGGUGCCCGACCUGCCGGACAUCCAAUCCCGUCUCGCCUACGUGUCCUGCGUUCGCCAGUUGGAGGAGGUUAAGAACUCCGACUACUGCGAGUACAUCCGACCGCCGAUCGACAAGUAUAAGACCCUGGCCUUUGGCAGCUUCGACGAGAUCCGUGACGUGGGCUACGUGUUCGGGAAGAACUACUUCGAGAACAUGGCCAAGGCGGGUCGGCUGGGCAGGUUCAACCAGUGGUUCAACAAGGAGCCACCCAAGCGGGGCAACCACGCCUCCCUCAGCGAGUACACGUUCAUCGAUCUGGCGCAGAUCGUGUGCAGGCUGCCGGAGACGUACGCGGUGAACACGGCGGAACUCUUUAGCGAGGACGAAGACUGUGAUGGCUACAUCUCGGAGCCAACGACGCUUAACACGGAUCGUCGGCGCAUCCAAGUACCGCGUGCUGGCAACUCGCUGUCCUUCUCCGAGACCGAAUUGGACUCGGACGUGGAGAUUGACCUGAAGCUGGAGCGCAAGACGGAUAAGGCCACACAGUCGACGCCGCCGACGACGAGCAGGUCGACCAGAGAAGAGGCUAGACAGAUGGAGGAUCGCGAUUGGCAUUGGGGUGCAAGGCCGAAGGAGGAGAUUGCUGGCAGAGCCACUGCAGCCACACACACUCUGACCGAGCAGAACCAGCAGGGUCGCGUGCCGAGGACAGAGCAGCUGGUAGACAAGGAUGAGGACAAGGAGAACAGGAGCAGCGCGAAUAACUAAACCAAAAACUAGCUAUAUAGACAAACCAAUCGAGGCGGAGAUAUCUACUCAACAAAAAGCAGCCACAAGCCGAGGACGACGAGGUGCCUUCCGCUUGCCAGACACCCAAUGCCCAAUGGCCAAUCGUUGGCCCGCCACUUCACCAACCAACCGCAACUACUCAAUCAUCCAAUCUCCAACGAAACAAAACUAAAUAGCAAUGACAAGGAAAUUUGUUAACCUCUAGGUUUUAUAGCAACCAAGACUUAGGCUUAGCUUAGCAUAUGGAACGAUUACCAAUCCCUCAUCCAACCCUCAUUCACCACACACAUUGUAAUGGAGGCACAAGAAGUCCACAAACUUUGUAUAUACAUAUAGUUAUAUAUUUUUACUGAAGCAACCGAUAUUGUAGCCACGAAACAGAGACUCCUUUGCAAUGAACCCCCAACAAAAUCCCGCCCCCUGUUUGCCGCACACUUGUGUAGUCUCUCUAUUAUUUUAGGUAAGCAAUUCGUUUGUUUGAUGGUCGGAUUUUUUUUGUAAAAGCAAGCAAAUAAAUUUAAACAAUUGAAAGUACAAAA